GGUGCGCAGGGCAACGACGCUCCCCUCAGGUGAAACUAGGAAAGGCGAAGAAACAGUCAACACACAGUUCAGACUUCGCACCGAGCUAGUCGCGAUAAACGACCGAGGCAAGAGAUAAUAAGUCGACGACAUGCCGAGAAAGAAGGCUCAUGUUCGAGGUGUCGCCCCUCAACCCGUGAUACAAGAGGACACGAGACUAAUGCGCACCCACCUCACUGUCAGUUCUCCUUUUCAGGACUCGAUGGUGGAUUUUAUAAAGGCCACAACCGGCCCCAUACAUGGAUUUCAUGCUGCGGGCGCCUUCCUGAAUGUCUUAACCUCUGGAUUAUUCGCUUUUAGGAACUACGACCUGGAAGACGACCUCAUAUAUUCAGAUGAUGAUGACGACGACGAUGAUUAUCAUAUUUGUCCAUACAAUUCUGCUCACAGGCCUAUUGAGCCACAUCCACAAAUUAGACAACUCACUGAAGAGGAGGCUAAUAAACACGCAGAAGAACUGAUAGCAGAAGAGGAGCGACGUAAGGAGAAAACUGAGAAGAACAAGCGUAAAAAAAUGCGCCAAAAAGAAAAGAAGCGAUUAGAAAAGGAAAAUGCCGUUAAAGAAAUUUUACCUGAGGAAGAACGAUGCAAGUCUGACUCGUCAGAAAAUCUGAAUGAAAAUCCUGUUAUCGAAAGUAACACAGAAGGAAAUGAAUCUCCUGAAUGUGAUAAGACUCAAAAUGAAACCGAGGCUGUUGGACACGGUGAAAGUAGCGGUGGUCUUGAUAAAACAAAAACUCUUUUGACAAUGGACAAGAAAGACGAGGAGGAAAAGGAGUCUGAUUUCAAUAAUUCAUUAUACGCUUGUUCUGCUAAACCGGUGCCCGAGGAGACGUGUGACCCCCAAUCUGCAAAAGAGAGAAAAAAGGGGAAAAGGAAAUCACCGGAAGUUCAGCAGCUCGAGGAGGAAAAGCCAAAAGUUAUGGAGACACCUGACGUUCAGAAGAAAGAGGACGAGAAAGAGGAGCCUGAUAAAGAGAAACCAAUGGGUGCAACUGUUGAAGAGUUUGCUAAAAUGAGCAGAGAGUUGGCAGCUACAGGAAACCUCUGGGCGUCCUCCGGACAGUAUGAGAUGGCAAUGAAAUGCUUCACUGACGCCAUUAAAUUCAAUCCAAAGGAAUUCAGGUUGUUUGGAAAUCGGUCCCUGUGUUAUGAAAGAAUGCACCAGUAUGAAAACGCUCUGAGAGACGCCGACCUCGCUCUCUCCAUGGAGCCGAGCUGGAUUAAAGGUUUAUUCAGGAAAGGGAAAGCUCUGUGCGGACUCAAGAGAUACUAUGAGGCCUCGCUCAUCUAUAAAGAAGUCCUGAAGCUGGAAGAUUCGAGCGCUGAAGCCAAACAAGAGAUAAAACGAGCACAGACACUGCACCUCAUGGAAAUGGGCUUCUCCUGGACCCAGAGCAGCGAAGCUUUAAAAAAACACGCCACACUAGAGGAGGCCGUCGAAGCUCUGUUUUGCGGUGACGUUAAUGAGGACCCUGGAGCAGCCGGUGCCAGUGCAGACACUACUGCAGAUUACCAAGUGGUGCAGGAAGUAGAAGAAGAAGAAUAUGAUGAUAAUGAGGAGGAGGGAGAGUGGAUUGUCCUGCAACCGAGCCGCCCUCGAACGCAGCAAAUCAAAGAGUUCGAUGCUCCGGUCCAAAGCAGAUCGAACUCUCAGUCUCCAACUCCUCAUUUAAGGAAUUCUGUGAAACCGCCGUUUUUCUCUGUUUGGGUCGGGUCCUUGGCUCCUGCCGUCACCUACUCGACACUUCACGAGCUCUUCAGCAGAGUUGGGGCAAUCUACAGCAUCAAGAUGUUGCUGGAACAUCAAUGUGCCUUUGUGAACUACACCAGAAAGGAAGACUGUGACAGAGCCAUCCAGUGUUUUGAUGGGAUGGUGUUGGAGGGGGCUCCACUGUCUGUGCGGGGUCCCAGUAAAUAUCAAGCUGCACACGGCUUCGCCAGAUCAGCUGCUACAGACCCCUUUUCACGCUCUGGCCAACAAAAGAAGGAGUGCUUCUUUUGGAGGACGAGCGGCUGCACGAGGCAGGACUGCACCUUCAGACAUGUCCCAGAGCACAAGAACAUUGACAAGGACAAGUUCACCAGCAGGCUGGGAAACUUCAACACGUAGGAACCUCGAAGGUCCGACACAACGGUGGUGGUGGUGUCUACAGUCACUUCGGAAAGGAAAAUUUGUGAUUUGGAUUUAAUUUUCUGCGGCAGUUUCGAACAUGUUUGCACCACAAUGAAUACAAAGCACACCGAGUGUUUUGCUUGCAACAAUAGUUUGGGCCUUUUAAAGCUAUGAGCAUUCCUCUGCAGCUUUAUCAGGGAUUAUUUGCGAUCUCAUCUGUUUAAAGAUUGUGUUUAAACCCUUAAUUUUUCUUUUUACUUUAUUGAAUGUCAUUAUUUUAAAAACAAGAUUUUUCUUAUGUUGGCUUUUAGUCACCACUAGGUGGCAGCAUUACUUUUAUCCCCCGAAUUUGGGGCAACAAACUUCAUCUGCUUUCAUUUUAAAGGCUUUGAUUGAUGAGUGGUUGUGUAAAAGGCACAUUUAUUGUGCCACGUUAAAAUUUUGAAUCUGUGCCCCUCAUCCAGAUUACACAUACAGGGUUAGUUCAGUCGUCGUAGUGUGUAAUGUUCAAAAUGCCCAGACCUGUUGGGGGACGAUCUGUUUUAAGAGCGUGAUGUUGGGACACAAACUUUCAGGACAUUAAGUGUCUUUUCAGUUUGCACUGUGGCUGCAGGUUUGUCAUGGGUCAACAACACACACGGCAUAAUGCCUCAAUUCUGAGUGUUAAUGUUGUAUCAUACACAUAAACCUAUACAGUGCAAAACUAAAGACGUGGUUAUGAAACUUCAGAGAAUAAUAAUAAAAAAACACCAUUCAGGCA